AUGGUUUUAAAAGAGUAUGUUAAAGUAGGGGAUACCCUUAAUGAACGAUUUAAGAUUAUUAGUCUUAUUGGUAAAGGAUCAUAUGGUGCUGUUUAUGAAUGUUUAGACACUAAGACAAAAAAUCAUAUUGCUAUGAAAGUAGAAUCUAAUGGCAAGAACUCGGAAUCAACAUCAAAAAUGGAAUUAGAUGUUCUUAAAAUAUUAAUAAACAAAAAGAAUGUGGCUCAACUAAUUUAUGGUGAAACAAAAGAAAAAUAUACAUUUAUUGUAAUGAAUUUACUUGGAAAGAAUCUUUUUGAUCUAAAGAAUCUUUGUGGUACUUUCAAAUUAUCUACUGUUGCAAGAAUAGGAAUACAACUACUUUAUGGAUUAAAAAAUUUGCAUGAUGCUGGAUUUGUUCAUAGAGAUAUAAAACCUGGAAACAUAGCUAUUGGUAGAGGUAAUGGAAUGCAAAAAGUCAUUUAUAUUCUGGAUUUUGGAUUAUGUAGAAGAUUUAAAGACGAAAAAAAGCCAGGUAAAAUAAUACCACCAAGAAAAAUUGUUCCUUUUUGUGGGACAUUAACAUACUGUAGUCUUAAUGCACAAAAUGAUAAAGAACAAGGAAGAGGUGAUGAUUUGAUUUCACUUGCCUAUGUACUCAGUGAUCUUAUUAAAGAACUUCCAUGGUCAUUAGUAUCUGACGAUCUUGAAAUGUGCCGUAUCAAAAAAAAAACUAAAGGUAAAGAUUUAUUUCCUGAAAAUACGUCUUUAGCUAAUUUUUUUGACUAUGUUAAAACUCUUAAAUAUAAAACAGAACCAGAUUAUGAGAAAAUGUUUCAAUUGUUUAAUUUAAUUAUUAAGGAAACUAAUGUAAAAUUUUCUGAUCCAUAUGAAUGGGAAGCAAUUUUAGAUAAAACAAAAGGAUCAAAAGCUAAGAAAAGUUUAAAACGAAAAAGUGUAAUAAAUAACUUUUAUACAGCUAAAAAGUUUAAAAAAAUAUAA